GAGACCGAGCAGACAAACUUUCGCUGGUCUUCAGGGAUUAUUUUGUUAUCAAAAUCUUGAUUAGAGAUAUUUUUAGUCAAUUGAAUAUUGAUCAGCAGCUUGUGUAGGGACUGAAUAAAAUGUUCCCAGAACUGACCCACUUCAUGUUAAUGACGACAUCGUGAUGGUGUUAGCAUCACUCACUAUUGGUUAACAUGGGGAAAUUCCAUACAUUAUGGAGAAUCCACCGACGGGCAAAUUGCUUCUUGUAGGCGAAGGAGAUUUUUCAUUUUCUGUAGCACUCUUGGCAAAACCAGGUUUUCAUGGAAGUGAGAUUGUUGCUACAUCUUUUGAAUCCAGGGAAUCGAUCGUGAAACUUCAAAAAGCUCUUGAUAAUGUUGAAAUACUUGAAGACAGAGAUGUCACAGUAUUGUUUGAUGUAGACUGCACACAAAUUCACACAGAUGACAGACUCGGAAGUCUCACGUUUUCUACACUGGUGUUCAACUUUCCACACAUUGGAGGCAAGUCAAACAUCAAGAGGAAUAGGGCAUUGCUUAAUGAUUUCUUCAGCAGUGCUGUACAAAUCAUGGAGCCUGGGGGUCAAAUACUGGUGACCUUAUGUAAAGGUCAAGGUGGCACCCCAGCUGACUAUCCGGUCAGGGCUUGGCAAGAUAGCUGGCAGGUUGUGUCCCUAGCAGCCAAUUCUGGAUUGAUUUUGACGGCCGUGCAUCCAUUCAUGGAGGCUAAUUACCCAGAAUACAACAGUGUUGGCUUCAGGAGUCAGGAUAAAGGGUUUAACACUGAAGGUGCGUUGGUCCAUGUGUUUGAAACAGCUGGGGUUCCACUGGUGCCUGAUUGCAUCAGCUCGACUUUGCUGUCCAUCCAAGGAAAACAGAUCAAAUGUCCCAAGUAUAUCGAAGACAAGUUAAAUGGAAAACUUCUAUACACUAGCGGUCAUCCAUUGUGCAAGUUACGGUCAGACUUGGAGAGAAUGAUAUCUAAAGAAACACCCUCUCACAUCUGUUUCCCUGAAGAUCUGCCGGUCGUGAUGGAAGGUGCAGAGUCUGAUUGUUAUCUAGAGGGUACAGAUCCUGAACAGCUGAGGCAUUUCCCUGAUGGAUCUUCAGCGGAGGACAGCUGGCUGUCUGGGCUUUACGUUUUGAAUACCACAGACGAGAAAUGUGAAGCCGAUUGCUCAGUUGAUAAUGAGAGGGAUGAGGACUCGCAGUGUGCAGGUGGUGGAGACGAUACUUUACCUAGCAAGUGGGUCCAGUGUCACUUGAGAACCACAGUUCUCGAGCAGCUUCCUCUAAUAACAUCGCAUGAUUCUGACCGUCUUGCGAUCGCUUCAUGUGAUGUAUACAAUCGGUGCUGUAUUUCGGCAAACAGACUUCCAGUCUCUCACGAGAUGACUGUAGUGUGCCAGAAUGGGAAAAACAUCGCAGCUGAUCCAGUUAAAACUGUCUGCAAGAGCCUGGAGAUGGCAACGUCACUCUCGGUAAGCAUCACGCAUUCUGGAACUCCACUGGUUCUGACAUUUCAAUCAGGACUACAGUUACACUGUUCCAAACAUGUCGAACUUGACCUCAACAAUACUAAAACCAAAGUGGGUCAGAUAUGGACAAAUCUGGGUGACCCUGAAUCGGUGAACAUUGUUUUGUUGAAUUUAGAUUUAAUUGUGAGAAAAGUCGGCGACAUUGCGAGUCCACAGCUCCUGUGGUCACAGGAUCAGAGAUUUCUUCGACAGUUUGUUUCUUGGCCUUCAAAGUUCGAAGCUUUCAGUGUUUAUAACUUGCAGCAUGCGCACGACAUGAGCUUUUGGGAAUCUUCCGAUAUUGAAUUUGAUGAGUUGUGUUUUAGUGAUGUUAUCCGAGAAGUUGCGGGUGACGUUGUGGUGAAAGUUACUUUGAUUGAACGAUACCAUGAUGAAGGUGGGGAUCAGUGGAGUCGGUGUUAUCGGCUGAUAUACAUGUCAAAUGAUUUAGCAGUUUCCUACAUAGCAUCAUGGAAGAUGCAGAGUUUGAUUCGUCUAGAAACUGCAAAAAGACUCGAAAUUAGAUUGAGAUAAAUCGAUGAAUAUAUAUAUAUCAAUCUUUUUUUCAUUCCGCAUGAAUUAUGAUAAUAAUUAGUACCUUAAAAAUGCAACAAUUUAACAAGAUUAAAAUCAUGUUUAGUUCUAUUUGAAAGUACCAAGAUAACCUGUGAUAAUAUAUAGAGAAUAACUGGUUACUGUCUUUAUUUUCAACUUUAUCCUGCAAAGUUUGGAAUGGUCCAAAAUGACAUUUGUGGGCAUCAAGUAGACAAUAUAAUACCUCCAUAUGGUUAUCUCCAAAUUAACGAAUCACAGUAUGUGUACUAGUAUUUCAGCAUCAAAACAUAAAAAUUUACACAUGUAAUGUGCAUUAAAACCAUUCUUCUCUCACUAAGCCAUGGAUUGAAGAUAAUGUUUUAAAACCUACAUUUGUCAUAUUAUUAGUACUAUUAUUAGUACCUACAUAUAUGUUAUGUUUAUGGUUCACAUUAUAGAUUAGAAAGUUU